AUGCGACAUGGGAACGUCGGGAAUCAGCGCGGGGCCUCACGACUUUCUUCCACCGACAACCUCUCCGCCUUAGACGACGCCUCCGACACCGACGCUGCCACUGUUCGCUCCGCCGCCAUCUCCUCACCGCGACACGUGCGAUUUCCCGAUACCACCUACGAUACCGCUUCCGGCUCCUCGAGUGCGAUCGCCUCCCUCACCUCGCAGUCCACACUCGACACCCUCCCCACCAGACUGGAUCUGUCGCCGACCGAGCGCGACGCCCGUAAGGGCUUGUUGCGCGAGACAUUCUUUGAGCAGUGGAAGGACGAUGCCUCUCGGGUAGACACCGACAGCCCGGAGGAGAUGCAGAAGAAAGAUCCGUUGGGAACACAAAUUUGGAGGCUAUAUGCCAAAACCAAGGGCCAGCUCCCCAACUCGGAGCGGCUGGAGAAUCUGUCGUGGAGGAUGAUGUCUAUGAACCUGCGCCGUCAGGAAAUGGAGCGCAAGCAAGGACUCGUCCCAACGCAGGCCAGACAGAAUGUUCCCAGUGGUAUCGCAAUGCUGCGCAAGUCUUCCGAGCAGACCAGCAAACCGCAGGCUCAGGAUGACCAGAUGGAUCUGGACGAGUUCCUCGUGCCGUCCUCGAUUGGUACACCCGCUGGAGGCUCACCGGCGCCGUCCUCUGGCGCCGAUGAGUACACGUCUACUGCAACGUCGAUGUCGGCAAUACCGAUCAAGCAGCAGCAGCGACUACAAGGCAAUGAUCUAUCACUUGCGCGAGCUUCCGCUCCAUCUGUGCCGCCGCUCGAGCAGACUCGCGGCAAUCAUGAGUUCUCCUACGUACAGCGACGAGUUCGAAAGACGAGCAUUGACGAGCGAAGGGUGAGAACGAAAUCAUCUGCAGAAAACGAGCAUCUGUCUAACAAUUUGCAGCCGCCGAAGAGACGUGCUGAGGCAUCUCCUCAGGUGCCACCGGUCGCUAACAACACCAUGACGUCCCGAGACCCAGCAUCCGAAGCUGCACUUAACAACUACUCACUCGACAGCUCGGUGGCAUUCCAACCUCUACCUCAGCAUCCUCCUCUCCCUUUCAACCUCGAGACGUUUAACCUGGACAACGAUCCUGCCAUCCAUUCCGCCGGUCCACAGGGAUCGUUCUCAUUCUCACCGGUCGGCUCUCCAAUGAUGAACAACAAUUUCCAAUCGAUGUAUAACAACCAGGCUUCCAACCAGACUUCUAUGCCGCCUCCUGGUGCAUCCAGCUUCCAGUCGCCGUCAGGAUCUGCAUACCCAUCGACGGUUUCCACUCCUCAACCAAUGCCCGAGAGUGAGCAAAUGUUCUUUGGCAACUCAAAUAUGCAUCCAGGAUCGAUGCCGAACUUUCAUCAAAUGCAGCAACAGCAUCAUCAUGUUCCACAAAGUGCAUCGCAGCAGCAAUUCGUGUUCAAUCCGAGCAGCGACUCCAUGUUCAGCGCCAUCUCGGCCAGUGCUCCGAACCAUUUCAACCAGCCGACCUUCCAGAUGCCCAACCACUUGGAUCCUACACAUGUCAUGAAUAGCGACUUUCAGACUACUGGCAAUAUGGGCAAUCCGCGUCACGAGAACAUGUUCACAUUUGGAGGAGAUUCCGACAAUGAAGAUGACGAUGCCAUGUCGUUCAAUGACCCGACAAUGAUGAUGCCGAACGGGUACUCGCCUAUGGACGAUCCGAUGCUCGACUUGAACAACAACUAUCAAUGGGACAAUUCGUUAUCUAACCAGUACAAUCCUGGGCACAGCAGGAAAGGAAUGUCGUCUGGGCAGUCUGACAUGAUGGGAGGACAGGCGCAGAGCUGGAGUCAGAGCGCACUGAACAGAGGGCACGGCUCGGCUGCAUCUGUCAGCGACAUUCGAAACCGAGGCGGCGACCCUCGGACGAGGAAGAUUCCGCGCACGACCUCUACACCAAACACCGCGGGCAUGGCGACUGGCAUGUUCUCGAUCAGGACUCAGGCCUCACCUUCUUCGCCGCCAGAAUCCUCGUACAGUUCGGCCCAUCCCUCUCGACCUGGUAGCCCACCGCCGGGUGGAGAUGGUGCUCCGACGACUUGUACUAACUGCUUCACGCAAACGACUCCGUUGUGGCGCCGCAACCCUGAGGGCCACCCUCUAUGCAACGCUUGUGGACUUUUCUUGAAGCUGCACGGAGUGGUUCGACCACUGAGCUUGAAGACCGAUGUUAUCAAGAAGCGCAAUCGUGGCAGCGGGAACGCCGCGCCGGUUGGGACGUCUUCGCGAUCAAAGAAAGGAAUCAGUCGCAAGAACUCAGUCGUUCACACGGCGGCCAGCACGCCGAAGAACCAAGAAGUGGACUCGCCCAAGUCUCUCCAAUCCGCAGGCCACACGCCCACCAGCUCCGGAACUUCUGGUGAGAAGCCCACUAAGACUGUUGUACCCAUCGCUCCUGGACCGCCGAAGCCUGCCACUCAACCUGCAGCCAGCGCGCCGACACGCAUGGUCGCACCUCGCCGCGCUCGCAAACAAAGCCGCGCAACCAACAACUUUGAGUCCGACAUGAUGGACAUUGAUGAGCUCACUCAAACCAGCAAGGGACAGCAUGACUCCAACCACAUUCCCAGACCUCCAGUCCUCGCUCCGAGCACUUCGAACGUCAAAGUCAACGUGCCUCAAAUGCACGCUCAAAUGGUUCCAGCCGGUGGCGGCCAGUUUGGCCAGCAGCAGCAGACGCCCACUGGAUUGAACGGACCGCCUUCUGGCAUUCCUACGAAUAUGAUGACCGGACCGCAAGAGUGGGAGUGGCUCACUAUGUCAUUGUAA